AUGCACGAGCUCCGAAUUCAGCAGCAGCAACUGGAAAUCCGGGGUCUGCGAAUUUCGCAAGUAAAACAGAAGAGUAAAAGACAGCAAACACCAACGUCAACAGGGGAGCCAUGCAUAAUUUCUGCCAAGACACAAGGCAGUAACGCCCAUUGCCCGCGUUUCAUGGCACAGAUGCGGUUUCUCAAGAUUGCAUGCAUAUUGUCAAACCAGAAGGCAGCAUUGGCAAUACAUCUAAGCCACCAUGUACUGACUGGCCAAGCUCCCUGUAGCCAUCUCGGCACAACAUGUUCCCCAUCGUCACUGGCCAAAUGGAACUUGCUUCUAGGAGAGGUUGACAAGGCUAUCCUCCGCGACACCCUCUCCUCAACGCCAUACGACAUAGCUGUGUUCGCCGAUGACUCGAACAAAAAAGGAGAAGACCGGCACAUGGUGGGGGUGCACACCUGGUCAGCAAAACGAAAUUGCCCCGCAGGCUAUCUAUUAGCGGACACACUUGUUGCAAGUGGACGAGGAGCAGACCAGGCAAAGGCAGACCAUCACAUCCUGAAGAAUGUUUAUGGAAUCAGAACAGUGUGUGGAGUGGUGGGAGACAAUGCAUCUACCCAGUCCGGAGACAAGAAGGGGCAUGCCGUCGCACUGGGUGGCCUAUUCAAGAAUAAAACCCAUUUCAUAGGCUGCUACCCGCACGUGUUGAACAUUGCGUUGAAAACGGCAAUGGUCGACGGAUUCGGCCAUCGAGGUCCAAUGGCAAGUUUCAACAUGUGCCAAAUGCAGUACAAAAUCGCGUAUCUGCAUCACCAGAAGCCUACGUACUACAAAUCGUUAUACGUUUCACUCAAGAUCCUCGCAAAGCCACCUCCCUUGCCCCAAGAGUUCAUCGACACCCGCUGGUCAUAUAUACAUGAAAAUUUGAAAUGGUUUCAAAAGUACGGCACGGCAUGCAUCCAGCUGGGCAAAUGUAUGCUCGAGUAUCUUCCCAAGAAGGAAACGCACUACGUCAUUUGGGAAGAAGUGGUGAGAAUGUCAGCCAAUCCCAUCAUCGCUACAGAACGUGUUACAUUACUGGAGAUACUGGACAGGCUGAUUAUGCCAUCUCUUCGGGCCAGCCAGCUCCCCGACACAGAACUCGGCUUUUCAAGCGGCUACUUAGCGCGGAAAUGGCCAGUUCAGGUAUUACGGGACAUACAGCUAGCUAUCCUAAUGGAUGUAGAGCCAGAUUUCGCAAUGCCACUGACAGCUCGUGCUAUGAGCUCUAAUCUAACAGCAGAAAGAGCAGAGCACUACCAGAAUAAUGUCGUCAAGCCACUUACCAGUGCCAUUGUAACUGUCUUGCAGAAGCAUGGCGUGCGUUGGUUCAAGUUUCCGUUGGCAUUCGGCAUGGGGGCGGACUCCAAGUGCCGUCAUCAUUUCUGGCGAGCGUAUGGACGCGUGACAGGCUCCAGCGCAGCAUUCCCCUGUCCGGCGGAGUUUCCCUCAAUCCUGGCGUCCCCGUUGAAGGAGCAGCUCUGGGCCGAGCUGAUCAGUGCAGCCACCACCAUCAAGUGUCCGUUCACACUUGCCAAAAUAUGUUACCAGAACGGGUUGCUUCAGCGCCAACAACAUCUCUUGCUGCAUCCGAGCACGCACUGGUUUCAUGAGCUGGAAAUCUUGGCAAUCGUGGCUGCAGAUAAACCGGGCCUCCAGCAAUGGGCAGAAAGGUGGCCAAUACCAGAUGAAAUGCUGGCAGAGGUUGAGCUGAUAGCGCAACGCACUAGCCCCUCAGUGCCCAACGAGAACAAGGAGCCACAUGCGUGGAAGUGGUUCGCGACACAUGUGUUUGCUCUACCAGUGAACAACGUGAUGGCAGAGCGGCAGUUCAACCUGGCAGGAAUCCACCUGACGAACUCUGAUUCCGAGAUGACGAAACAGGCAACACACCUGUUCGUGGAAAACGUCAUCCACGGCAAUGACGCCACAGCCGGUUCAUCAGGCAAAAGGACAAGGAUGACAGGUGCUACAACACAACAGCUGGCCACAGCAAUGCAGGAUUACGCGUCCACCAUUACUCCAGAGCGGCUGAAGAAAGCCAAGAAGCAGCUGAAACUACUGAGGCAGGGCACAUCUCAGGCCAGGUCGUUGACUGCCUCAGAGACGUACCAGGACGUGCUGAAGCGCCACCGCGCGAGAGCUGAUCAUGACAAAACUCUUGCUCGGCUGGAAAGGGAGGGUAGGAGCCACGGUGUGCAGCACAAUCCAGGCACCCGUGCAUCCACCCAAGACAGGGCCAACACAAGGUCGUUCAGUCCAGUACGUGAGGCAGGUGCAGUCGAGCCAGGUACAUCGGGGUGA